AUGCGCCUCCCGGCCAUCGUCCCCCUCGCCCUCCUGGGCGUCUCCUUCGUCUUCGCCGUCAUCGAGCUCGGCCUCGGCGGCCACAUCGCCUCCUUCUAUACCGGCUCCCACAAAACCCUCGUUUACGACCCCAGCAGUACCUGGGGCUACUCCUACAAGACCAUCAAGUUCUCUGUCCCUGGCAUCCUCGGUUUCCAGAUUUUCACCGCCGUCUGGACCAUGCUCGUCUCUGUCGCCGCGUUCCUUCUUCCCUGGUUCUUGCGCACCAAGGCCGCCCCCGGAACACGUCUCAGCACGAUUAUCACGUACGCGCUGGGCGGCGUCUACUUUGUGACGAUGGUGUUCUGGCUCGCAUGCUUUUCGGAUAUCGCGGCCGAGCUGGACGGGUUGGGCACUUCCUCCAAUUACUAUAAUGCGGUGAUGGCCUUUGCGGUGCUUUUGUGGCUGCUCUUCGUCGCGCUCUUCGUCAUCGUUGUUCUUGCCGUGCUUGGCAUUCUGGAGAUUGACGCCCCCGGGUACGCAGGCAUGAGGAAGAGGGCUGCGACCGAGGGAACCCAGAUGCAGACAGUCGAGGCUGCAUAG